UCCGUCUAUGACAUGACAGUCUACCUCCCUUUUUGUUCUAAACACUUAAAUGAAUGAAAAUCAAGUAUUUUUCGUCAGUUUAAAGUAAAUUUUUACAGAAUUUGAUUAUAAUUCCCGCUGGAUGUGCUUACCUGAAAGCUGAAAACGAUGCCUUUGGCCAACGCCAGCGAUCCAUGGCGAAUGCAAAGUGUUGGAGAUGUCACGCGUGGCAUAACAGCACAGUCUGCAAAUAGUCUUCCAAUGGUUGUGGAAAAUUUAGCAGAGUCUCGACAGACAUCCACUACAGAGAGUCUUGAGUCAAGUGCAUCAAAUAUAGAUCAAAAUUAUGAAAGAGAAGUGGAACUUCAAGAUGUCGUUAAAGAAGGCCACGAGAAGGCAGAUCCUUCUCAAUUUGAGCUACUGAAAGUUCUUGGUGAAGGUUCUUUUGGCAAAGUAUUUCUAGCACGCAAGGUUACUGGUCCUGAUACUGGUACUCUUUAUGCAAUGAAGGUACUAAAGAAGGCUACACUAAAAGUUAGAGACAGAGAACGCACAAAGAUGGAAAGAAAUAUUUUAGUAGAAAUGGGCCAUCCGUUUAUUGUUAAAUUACACUAUGCAUUUCAAACAGCAGGAAAACUGUAUUUAAUAUUAGAUUUCCUACGUGGUGGAGAUCUGUUCUCCCGACUUAGUAAAGAGGUUAUGUUUACAGAAGAAGAUGUAAAGUUUUAUUUAGCUGAAUUAGCUUUAGCAUUAGAACAUGUGCAUAAAUUGGGAAUUAUAUACAGGGAUCUAAAGCCAGAAAAUAUUUUAUUAGAUGCGGAUGGGCAUAUAGCUCUCACUGACUUUGGUCUAUCAAAGCUACCUCCUAGUGAUAAAACUUACAGUUUUUGUGGUACAGUUGAAUACAUGGCUCCCGAGGUUGUUAAUAGGAAAGGGCACACAAUGGCUGCUGACUGGUGGUCUUUUGGUGUUCUAAUGUUUGAAAUGUUGACGGGAAAUCUACCAUUCCAUGGCUCCACCAGACAUGAAACAAUGACUCAAAUCCUUAAAGCGAAAUUAGGUAUGCCUUCAAAUUUGAGUGAGGAGGCACAGUCUCUUUUACGUGCACUGUUCAAGAGAAAUCCACAUAAUAGAUUAGGAGCCGGUCCCAAUGGUAUUGAAGAUAUAAAGAGUCAUGAGUUUUUUGCAAGCAUAGAGUGGGAUGCAUUGUUAAGGAAAGAGGUGGUGCCCCCGUUCCGGCCGGCGGUGUCUCGCGCCGACGACGCGUUCUACUUCGACUCCGAGUUCACGUGCCGCACGCCGCGCGACUCGCCCGGCGUGCCCGCCUCCGCCAACGCGCACGAGCUGUUCAGAGGUUUCAGUUUCGUGGCUCCGUGUUUACUGAAUGAUGAAGACAACAAAACUGUCACAAAUCAAAAUCAGAACCACAUAGCACAAACCAAGACAUCAACUGAAGAAUUCUGGGCUGGUUUUGUUAACAAGAAUAAAUUCUUCGAUGAGUAUAGAUUAAUGGGUGAAUUGGGCACUGGAUCUUUUUCGGUAGUACGACUUUGUGAGCACAAAGCUUCUCGGACACAAUAUGCUGUCAAAAUCAUGGACAAACUACAAUAUGAUCCCCGAGAAGAGAUUGAAAUUCUAUUGAGAUACAGCCAGCACCCUCACAUCAUCAGCCUGCGCGGCGUGUACGAGGAGGGCGGGCGGCUGCUGGCCGUGACGGAGCUGUGCCGCGGCGGCGAGCUGCUGGAGUACAUCACGCAGCGCCGCCACCUGCCCGAGCGCGAGGCGGCGCGCGUGCUGCGCAACGUGCUGCACGCCGUGCACUACCUGCACCGCCACACCGUCGUGCACAGAGAUAUCAAGCCUUCAAACAUCCUGUUUGCAACUGCUGAGAGACGACCGGAGGACGUCCGCCUCGUCGAUUUCGGACUAGCGAAGCAGUUGCGUGCAGAGAACGGGCUGCUCAUGACCCCUUGUUACACCGCCAACUUUGUUGCGCCGGAAGUUCUCAAGCGCGCUGGUUAUGACGCUGCUUGCGACAUAUGGAGCUUAGGAGUACUUGCAUAUAUUAUGCUCUCCGGUAGAACACCUUUCGCAUCUACAGGAGACGACACACCCGAGGCAAUUUUAGCCAGGAUUGAAUCUGGAAAGGUGGAGACGUCGAGCGGCGCGUGGCGGCACGUGUCGGCGGAGGCGCGCGCGUGCGUGCGGCGCAUGCUGCAGCUGGAGCCCGCCAUGCGGCCGCGCGCGCACGAGCUGCUGCGCGAGGCGUGGCUGGCGCGCGACGAGCCCGAGCCGCCGCCGCGCGCCGCGCCGCCCUCGCACGACGACGCGCCCGCGCCGCAGGACCUGCGCCGCGCCGUCGACCUCACCUACCAGGCUAUGACUUCAGCUCCAAUGACACCUCAUAUAUUAGGUCCUGUAACGCAAUCGACUCUAGCGCAGCGUCGAAUUAAACCACAACGUCGGUUCCCGCCCACACAAGUUUAAAGUAACGAAAAUGUUAAAUGUACAUAAUAUUGAAGAGCAAAUAUUAAUUUUCGAAUGCGCCUACUACUGUUUGAAGAAAAGAAAAUCAAAUGCAUUGACCCAAAAGACAAGUAAAAACUUUCAUAAAUCCUUUAUGUUGUAAUACUAUCUCUCCUAAUCAACUAUAAUUCAACAAACCAGGUUUUGGUACAAUUUAUAAAACGUUUUUUUUUGCAAUCGGUACCUACUGAAAAAUCAAGAAUGCGAAAUUUUUAUUUCAUUUAAAUAAUUUUUAAUUAUUAUUUAACUAACUAUAAUCAACUGUCCUUAAGCUAAGAUAAAUAUGAUCAAUAGUAUUAAAGUUCUAAUGUUCAAAUAUUUUUUAUCUUCACAUACAUUUUUGAUAUUGAAAAUGAUUAUUUUUUCCAAUGAGAUUGUAUAUUGUUAAUUUAGUGAUCUAGGUAAGACGAUUGACUGCAUACUUAAAUGUUAUGAAUAGCCCCAAUUUCAAUUCUUUAAGUUCGAAUGAAUUCAAAGGCACAUUCCAAAUUCUAAUAUUAAUUUAGUUAGUCAUUUAUAGGAAGAAUAAAAAAAUUAUAAAAAUAAUAUAGGCCAAGUUGUCUUCCUAAUUAUAUUUAAAAUUAAGAGAUAAUUAUAUUAUUUAAAACAUUUGUUUUGCUACCCACCUUUCUUUAGUCCUACAGUGCCAUUAGAAAAAAUCCCACUGAAAACUAUUUUUUUAUCUGUGCAAUAAAAACUUAAUUUCGCAUGAGAGUAUCAAAAUACUUAUCUUUUAUUUUUAUACAGUAUUAAUUUAGACUAGCAUCGUAACUACUUCUUACAUUCUAUAACAAAAUUUUA